AUGGACGAUGAUUUUAUGUCCAGCCAACUCAGCCAAGGACGGAGUGACGAGUAUCUCGGCGAUUAUGAUACUGACAUAAUUGAUUCUGAUGAUGAAAUGGAUUUUUUUGAGGGAUGGCUUCUCGAUGGUGAGUAAAAAUGACAAUAACACUAAAUAUCAGCAAAUAAUUUCUAGUUUCCCAUCUGUAAUUUGUUUCACUGUGAUAUAAUAUUGAAUACAUGAACAGUACAACAGCGAUUUUAAUUCGCCUAGUAAAAUUGCGCCAAAAAAAAUCAACCAAUAAAGAUAAAGCUUUUAUGGUUUUGGCGCCAAGCAUUCGAAGAACACCAAACAUGGUGUCGUCGACAAGUAGUUCUGGCCAAGUUUCUUGUUCGAAUUCAGCAAGUAAAAAGCUGGCUAGAAGCAUUUCCAAUAGUUCCACCUCAGAAAAUUCUGAAAAGGGUGUUGACGGUACGAGUUUGUAUUAAAAUUUCGACGAAUUUAGGGGGAGAAAAUGUUAUACAGUCACUACAGUACUGUAUAUACAAAGAGUACAAACGUGCGAAGUCGAAGGCUUCAGUCGUUUCUUCAGUUUUUUUGAUAACCUAUCUGAGCCAGGAUUCUUUUAGAAACAAUAGCAAAUCAAUUGUAUUAUCAUAUACUUUCUUCUUAGAGUGGAAUACAGAUGACGUGCUUCAUUGGUUGGAUGCUCAAGGAUUAAGAGACUUCAAACAGGGAUUCAAAGGUCAGUGCAGCAUUUUUUAUAGAUUGCAAGAUUGGAGACUUCUGACUGUUUUAUAUUUACUUGUCCACACCUUAUUGCUUAUACGUUAUUUUAUGACUUAGAUAAAAAAAUUGAUGGUAUGUGUUUAAAAGAAGGCUUGUCAGAAGAAGAAUUAAACUCUUGUCACGUUCAAACUGUGGGUGAAAAAAAUUACUGAAAAGGAAAAUUGCCGAACUAGUGGGUAAGAAACUAUAUAUAUAUGAAAUUUUGAACUCGUAUUUUAGUACUGCAUAUUUUUUGACACUAGUACUGUUGGGAAAAUAUUUUCCUCACUUUAAAUUUCAGGUGAAUCAAAGGCAAAAAUGCCUAGGUUGCAAAGAAGUGUGUUAAAAAAACUCCUGUCACCACAGCAGAAAGAUGACUUGCUUCGACGGUGAGAUUUUUACUUUUCAGCAAAAGUAAACCCACUAAGGCAAACUCAAUACAAGCAUUUUAGUUUUAUACUUCCAUUUUUAAAAAAAAUGCAAUGAAAUUGUGCAAAGGCUAUAUAAAUCUAGCUAUAUCCUGCACAAGUUAUUCAUCAAUCAAAUCCAGCAAUGCCUAUCCAGGCACCUUGGUCACCCAGGGGGUAAUGUAUAAUGCCCAGGGGGAGGGCAGAAUAUUCGUACUAAAGCCCCCUGCCAAAAAUGCUGACAAAUACCCGGCCCCAGGAAAGAAAAUAUUUUUUAUAAAAUUAGAGGCACAUCCUGGAAAGUUUUCAAGAGGGAAAAAUGAAAACUUGUUCAUUUCUGCUUAGAACAUGCCUUUUUAGUUGCAUGUUAAGGUACCUGCAUACUUAAUAUUUAUAUUAUUAAUUUUCCAUUUUCUUUGUAGGCGAAAGCAAGUACACAGGAAAACUGUUGCCAUGUUUCCUGGAAACAAUAUUCCUGUUUUCAGAGGCAAUGCAAAUGCACAGAAGCAUUUUCAAGAACUUACAGUCAGUUGCCAAGAGCAUGUUAAUCCUGAUAUUGGAUAUGAUGAAGGUAAUGCAUGCAUGAUAAGAAAGUAUGCCAAAUUUUACUGUUUAAUUAAUAAUAUGCAUGCACAGUUUAUGGAAAAGAUAGAGUUUAUAUGGAAAUUUACUCAUACACAAUAAUAUUAAAAAGACAAAUUCUUUACUAAUAGAGGAACUCAGGAGACACAUUCGAGCAAUAUUGGAUGAAAGAAGACGAAUGGUGAGGGAGGGAUAUAAUUAUGAGGAUAAUGAGGUAUACUUUAUAUACUGUGAUAUCUAAAAGGUUCAUGAAAAUUAAUAGGUAUAUACCACUGUAUUUUAUUCAUUACUUAAAUAACUUUAAUAAUAAUUAGUCGUGUAAACCUUUGAUAAUGUAAGUUGAGCUAACAUAUUGUACAGUAAACACUGUUGUUUAUUUCUGAUGGACUGCUAAAUAUACAUAUAAAGUGUCUGCAUUCUAGAGUGGUUUUUAAUGUUAUUUCAUUCCAUUCAUUUGGUUAUUUGAAACUGUUUUCAGGAUCCAAGUUCAACUGAUCAAGAUGAAGAAUGCAGUAAGCGUUCGCAAAGCCCAAUAUUAAUAGCAGAGGGAAAAAAGGAAAGGUCUGAAAGUGAAGAGAAUAAUUCUGGCAGUGAAACUGAGUUGCCAGGUAAAUAAUAAUAAUAAUUUGUCCUGCACGGUUAGCACAUAUAAAGCUAAUAAACAACACAUAAAUGCUAAUAAACAAUAAACAAAUGUUUUGUCAGCUUGAAGAGUUUCCUAGUGUUGCAUUUAUACUCUUAGCUCCAACAGUCUUCUUAAUUAUACUUACCUCUUUACUUACUCUUUACUUAUGAAAAUAAAAUAUUUUGUAAGUUGAAGCUUGUUAAUAAGUAAUCUUCACCAGUGUAUUUAUUUCAAUAAAAUAUUGAAAUAUACAUACAGUCUUUUGAUUUAUUUAUUUAUUUUUUUUUUCUGUAGAGGGUGCACAAAAGAUUCCAUUGACCACAGCUGAAACAAUCAUCUUGGCUUAUUUUAAAAAGGGAUACACAAAAGAAGUGAAGAAAGACCUUCAUCUUCUCCCUCUUGGCAGGGACUUAAAAGUUAAGAACUUAACAUCAAAAGAUAAAACUGAACUGAUGAUGGUUUUAAGCAAGGAGUUGCUUUUAAAAAAACUAGUAACCUUGAAAGAUGAUGCAGAUUUUUACUGCCUUCAUCGAGACAGUGUGAUUGUUAUGGAAAAGAAGUCACAGGAUAAUUCUAGUUGA